CCUUAUAUGUUACCGAACCUUCAUAUUUUAUCUUUUUUUUUUUUAUUUCCUUAUGCUUUCCUCUCUUCUUCGAUUGUUGACCUUCUGGGUACGAGUUUCCUUUUCUAGCACCGCCGCAAUUUUCCCCGGCAGUAAAACCCUAGAAAUUGGGAUUAUACAACGACGAGCAAGAGAUUCGAAAAUUUGAUCCCUUUCUCGUCCCUUCCCGAUUCAAUUCAAAAACCCUAAACCCUAAAAUCCUCGCCCAAUUGCUUCAAUCCUUUGUCUCUUCGUGUAAAGGAGACUCCUUUGUAGUCUUCCUCUACAUCUAUAGAGCUAUCUCUAUCUCUCUGUAAGUAGAACCGUGGGGAGGAAGAAGGUGAAAUGAGUAGGCUUUCUUUCCGGCCACGGCCACUAGACAUUCACAAGAAGCUUCCCAUUUUGAAAUCGUUUAAAGACUUUGAAGACGACGACACUCCGACUUCCACCACUAGAAACUCUCAGCUCCUGCGUAUAGCUUCUUCUUCUUCUGUAGAUGUUGAGAAUGAGGUUGUGUUAGCCCAGGUGCAACAUCCAGUGCCAAGCAAGAAACUGGCUUCAGAGAUACCCACACCUCAGUUUGUUGUUGUGGAUACAUAUGAAAGGGAUUAUUUAGCCACUUUUGGUCAACCUGCUUCUUAUCUACGUGCAAGAGGAGCUCGGUCUGAGCUUGGAGAAUUCGUGGAGUAUGAUCUUGACAACGAGGAUGAUGACUGGCUUUAUGAUUUUUAUAAGGAUAACAAGGAGCUCUCACCUGAAAUGCUUGAGAGCAUUAUUUUUAAGCUAGAGGUGUUGGAUCACAAAACGAGGGAAAGAGCUGGUGUUAUCACACCUACCCUUGGUUCUCCGGUUCAUGUGCUUUUGCAGCUUGAUGCUGCUAUUGAGGCCCUGCAAUCACUGUCAAUUAAUUAUGGAGUCUUUCAGGAUAUCUUCAACUACUGGAAAGACAAGCGCAAAAGAUGGCAGAAGCCUGUCUUGCGGCGUUUACAGCCUCCUCCACCGGUGAAUGACACGAAUCCCUACAAUGUGUUUAGGCCAAGAGAGAAAGCUCACAGACUCCACACAAGAAGGAGGAGAGAAAACAAUGUGCAGUCAUUUGAAAAGCUUCGACAGGUUAGACGCAAUCUUGACCAAGCGAAGACCAUUCUGGAGGCCCUCAUUAAGAGAGAAGAAAAGAAGAGGGAUGUCAUGGAUGGCGAGGUUAGCCUCCAGAGGAUGCAACUCCAGUACAGGCAUGAAACAGAGCUGUUAGAAGAUAGCUUUGCUCAGCAUGGAUUUCAACCAGCUACAACAUCUUACAAAUAUGGCUCAAGCGACGAAGAGUUGAUGGACUCAGAUGACUACACUAGCACACAUGUACGCACAAGACCUCCCAUUAUCCCUAACUCUCGUUUCACAAAUGGAUCUCAACCCAGAGGCAUAAAACAAGAAGUUAGAAGACGACACUCCUCCCAUCACAAUUGGCUUCACAAACUGGAUCCUAAUGAAGCGGUGAUGCUGUUCACAAAACCGCUGGUUCCUGAGAAACUGGCUGCUGCAGGGAUCGUUCCUCCAGCACCUGAUUCAUCCACUGGUCAACCUCCAAGUCGGUUUAAGGGGAGGAUUGGGCGUGGUGGGAGGAUAAUUUUUGAUAGAUGGAAUCUUCUGAUGCAGUCUCACAUUAACUGCGGAGACUCUUUCUACAUUGCACCAAAUCACUAAUCUAUCAACUUCAACUGUUAAAAUAUUAUUUCACAAUCUUUCUUUGUAAAGACUUUUCAGUUGACCAAUGGUGACGAAGAAGUCUGUGCCUAAAGUAUUUGGCACUCUGUAACUCGGUAGUUAUUUUCUGUUUGUUUCCGUUAAAAGGAAACGGUUCGGUUUUAAAUAAUUAACCGGUUAUUUUACCGGUUCAGUAAACCAA